AUGAAGACAAGCUUGGUGUUUCUUGUCAGCGUUUGUAUGUAUGCAGUCGCUGCAAACAGUUUAGGAGCGAACAAAACCAAUCGUGACGUUGUAGUGAAUCAACUUUGUCAGAAUUCGGGUGCUGAUACCCUCAGGGAAAUCACUUCGCAACUCAAAAAAGAAUUCGAAACAUUGAAGAAGGAACAUACCCAACAACUGAUAAAGAUGAACAAGGACAACGGAGGUAUAUCGAAAUGGAACAAAUCGCAACUCAAAAAAGAAUUUGAAACAUUGAAGAAGGAACUUACCAAACAGCUGACAAAGAUGAACAAGAAGGACAACGGAGGUAUAUCGAAAUGGAACAAAUUGCUCCUGCCUUAAAUUACGCCUUUUCUCCUUCCUUUUUUUAAGUUUUUUUUUUCGGUCUUCAAACUUGGCGGACGCGAGGCAAUAAAUACGAACACAUUGAUAAUAAGACUGAUAAAACAUAUAAUUCAAUGCUAAGUGACAUCUUAAGCUACCCAGUUAGGAACUGUAGACAAAAGCCGUGGAUCGCUCGUUUUUCUUACGCGAGGCAAUGAAUACGAAAUCGCACAUUGAUAAUAAAACUACUCACAAUUUAAUGCUAAGUGCAUGGACUUCAAAUAAGCUGCCCAAUCGCUUCCUCUCUUAAUUAUGUGUUUGUAUCGCUCUUAAAAUGAUAAGGUAUUCCCUGAGUCGGGACACGUCAUCGCAACGAUCAAGUUUAGAAAACCACAACUCCACCUUCAAAUUUUAAAUUCCCUCAGCUUUAUCAAGGACGUUUAUAAUUCCCUCCACAGAUAUCACAGCUAAAGAACUGUUCAAGAAGUCGACGAUACUGACGGACAAAUGAACAGAAGACAAAUCGUUGCUUCCUCAUAAUUGUCCCGGAUUUUUUGGCUAAAAAACAUAAUCCAAGGAGGGGAGCGAAUAUUAAAAUAAACUAAAAAAAUCUCUAGGUUUAAAAAACUCAACCAUUUAAGAAUUCCGUCAUUUCAAGCAAAUGUGUUCAAUCUAGUUGUAUCAAAAACUGGAUACCUAUAGCAGUCGCUUCGUAAAACAGGAUUUUAUUAAUAUAUUUUGCACAUUUAUUAUGGCUAUUCUUUAACAGCAAAUGGACCACCACGUCGGCCACGUGUCAUAUACGAGCUAAAAGAAAAGUAAAUUAUCAUACUAAGUUUAUUGUUUAAUUGAUCUAAAUCGGCUCGAGAUGAUUCAGUAAAAUAAUCUUCGCUUCAAAUGUUUAUUCUUUCUUGGCAGUUAGUGCUAAAAUAUUUGUUUUCACAGUCAGCAAUUAGCAUAUAACCACUGUUUAAAUAAAUGUAGUUUAGACUUUACUCAAAACAUUUAAUUUUCGCUUGUUUACAGACGGGUGGAUAAAGCUGAAUACAAAUUUGGUAUGUUUUGGAGCCAAAGACAACCGGUUUGGCAAGUUCCUUGUUCCGUCCAGCGGCAAACUGGCAUCAGUCAAACUGGUCCACGUGUAUGGUUAUGUGACGUGUGAUACACGCAAAACUUACCAUUGGUCUUAUUGGGGAUGCAACCAACACUCAAGCGUGAAAAACCAUGUAGACGCUGUAAUAACAACCUCGGGCGGUAGCGUUCUUUUGCCUUCGAGCCAGUUCAUAACUGACAAGACACUCAAGUGGUCUUUGAUUCCUGGUUACAACUCACUUUCUCCAGCGCUGGUGCUGUCUGCUUUCUCCAAUCCUCCAUCCGUGACUCGAGGACAGGAGCUUCGUUUAUGGUACGGCGAAGAUUUGGCGAAUAGCAGUGAAAGCGACAAUGGAGGAACAUCGUGCUGUGAUGUUUAUGCUCGCUUGAUAUAA